AUGUCUUCGGCGGAAAAGAGAUCAGGAGUUGAUGGUGAAGAUGGUGGGAUUGCGGAUUUGAGAGGAUUCGGGUUGGAGCUGGGAGCGAUGGAGUCUGAUGCAAUGGGAAGAUUGCCGUCGGAUGCUGCUGGGACGGAUGAUGUAGAAGUGGGUGGUGUUUAUGAAGCUCAAGAGCGAGGAAAUGAUGAAGUUCUUGUGGAGGUUGACGACGCCGAUACAAAUGGAGAUCCGAAGAUUGAUAACGGUUCAAACGAUGACCCCUCGACAAAGAAUUCGGGCCACAAUCCUGGCCAGGAUUUUAGUAUCAGAAGUGAUAUUGAUGAGGGGAGAGAAGAGGCAUCUCGUGGGACCGAGGGACACGAAAAUACUGAAACAGAUGUUUUGGAUGACUACAAUUUCUAUAACGAAAGCGAUUUCGAUGUGGAUAAACAUCAUGAUGAGGCUCCCUUAGUGGAACAUGAAGAGAGUGAAGAAGAAGAAAGCUCGGGAGAUUGCCGUUCAGAUUCUUCAGGAAUUGCUUUAAAAAGAAAUGACUCUGUUGUCGUACGAUGGCCGAUCAAAAAAUUUGAAGGGGCCAAAGAUAGCAUGGAGAGUGAGAACGAAAUGAACACGAUCACGACCGAGGUUUUGAAUCCCGACUUGUGCAAAUUCUGUAGGGUGUUCUUUGAUACUUGGUCCUCUGUCUGUGGCUGUCAUCUGUGUGCUCUUUUUCUGAGUAUAUUAUCCUUUGGAUUGAGAAAUUACGAUUUCAGUGCUCAUGAGGCCGGCGACAACUUGCCGCUUGAUCAACUUAAACCUGGAGAAGAUAUAGUGCUCUUUACAGAUAAUGAAUACGAUUGGACUAUAUUAUCCACUUUCCGAACAAUCAAGGAUGAUCAACGGGAAAUAAUUACUCGGACAAAAAUCAUACUAGACCAUGCUUCGGAUUCUUGCUAUAUUGAUGGAAAAAAUGGUCAGAAUAGCUGUGAAGAGCUUCGAUUAGGUACUACUGAAGAAUCUACGGGUAUUGUGCGGGCAUGGAUUCGAGAAUGCCACUUAAAUCACAGUGCUUGUAAGCAACAAGAAGACAUUUUUGUUUCACCUACACGACUGAUCAAAAUUGAUUCUCAAGAAAUACGUCUGUUACAGGGCGAUCCUGAGGAUUGGAGUAAAGAGGCUUCUCGAAUGGCUACCGUUUAUGGACUUUCAAGCUUGAAUAUUGCUGCCACAGCCGCCCCAGAUGGUACCAUUGGUUGCUUGUUUGACCGCGACUUGAGAUACACGGAAAAACAUAAGGUCGAAGUGAAAAUGGACCGUCAAAAACAGGUCUACAGCAUUGCAGAUAGCGCUUUGUAUACCAACAAUAUCGCCAAUGCGGCCUUGACAAAACGCGCUUGGGCUUUCCAGGAGUGA